AUGGCCAUGAAUCACCUCCUAUCAUUUGACCAUGAUGAGGAUGAUGACUACAUUGACAUGGAAGUAAGCUCAUACUCCAACUUCCUCUGCCACUCCAUAAGCUCCCCUCCAUUCCCAAAAGAGUUCGAGUUCCAAAUGUCCACAGCUUCGCUAGAAAAAGACACCACAACUUCCCCAGCUGAUGAGCUCUUCUACAAAGGCAAGCUCCUUCCCCUUCACCUGCCUCCACGUUUACAAAUGGCUGAAAAAAUCCUUGAAAACUCCCACUCAGCAUAUGAUCAUAGAAAAGAUACAUUUGAAGAAUGUUUUAGCACCCCGCUAAUGACAACUGCUACAACACCGACUUCAACCAGUACUCCAUUUGAAUCCUGCAAUAUUUCACCUUCCGAGUCUUGUUGUGUCAGUAGAGAAUUAAAUCCAGAAGAGUAUUUCUUUGAGUAUUCAAGUGAAAUUGGUGGUUUCAUCAGUGAAAACCCAAAGAAGUCUUGGACCAAAAAGCUUAAGCUGAUUAAACAGUCUUCACUUGGUUCAAAACUGAAGGCUUCCCGGGCUUAUAUCAAGUCUUUGUUUGGUAAGUCUAGUUGCUCAGAUGAUUCAUGUACAGUGGCUACAAAAGUUGAAGAUGAAGUAACAGUUUCAAAAGCCAAAGAAUCUUUGAACAACUAUGUGAAGCCAGCAAAGAAGACGCCUUUCGGACAAAUCCAGAACGAUAAAUACCAAAUGUCAACUACUGGAAUGCAGGACAAACAAAAGAUCACUGAGGACGGCAGUGAUCGUCUCCACAGGAGGUCAUUCUCAAUGGCCAUCAAACGAUAUUCAACAAACAAGUCCUUAUCAUCUUCAUCAUCAUCUGACUCCUCAUCAUCAUCUUCAAGCUCGACUAGUUCAAAUGGGUUUCACCGUUUGCCAUUUCUAAAGAGAAGCAGCAGUGCAAAAUCAGAGAUUGAGAAUCCAAUCCAAGGAGCAAUUGCACAUUGCAAACAGUCCCAGCAGCUGUUCCAUUCAAGUAAGACUGCAAAUGAAGCCAAGUUAUACUCAUUAUCAGCUUCCAGAAUUUCCAUAUGUGAAGAAAAAGAAAGACCAGUUCUUUGCAGAGGCUGA